AUUUAGGAAUUCCUAUUCUUUUGAUUGCCUUCUUUUCUUCCUGCGCAUCGUCAGCAUAUGAUCUUGCAAUUUUCACGCUGUUUAUCUUUCUAAUUUUUCUGUUUUGCAUCCUUUUUAAUAUUGCUAGCAACCCCAAUCCUAAAACGCCGACCCCUCACAAUGGCAUCUGGUGAUGAUGAAUCGAUGCAUGAUGAUGCUUCAAGUUCCACACCUCAAUCCUCUUUGGCGGCGAAACCUCGUCGUCGAUUCGCUCCGCAACUCGUCGAGGAAUCUGUGAAGUCUUCUAGUAAAAAGCAGCUUCAACUUCUGACACCGCCCGAUUCUACCGUCAACUCAACUAGGAGACCCACGCGAGAUGCUUCCGUACAGGUGGACGAUACUGAAAUGCCGGAUGCGCCUCAGUCGGCACCGUCCAAACCUAUUCGACGCUUUGCCCCAGUGCCAAUUGAAACCACCUUCGAUUCUUAUAGAGUAAACAGUAACAGGAAGAAUCCCCUCGGUCCUACCGCCGAAUUGACCCCAGACCCCUCACCGACAACCCCGCAACCGUCCUUUUCUUUUAGAGUGGAGAGGCAAGGGGAGCACGAAUAUUCCGAGCAAUCCCAGAACAAACCAAAGCGGAAAUUCGCUCCGCAGUUGAUCGAGACAACACGAAGAUCGAAGAAGGCCGACCAACCAGGGCCGGCUACGAAGCCGAUCGACAAGACCGAUAUAACUCCUGGUACAAAUCAUAUAUAUGCACCGAAACCGAAGCGAAAAGCCGCCCCUCGCCCUGCCGUUACCGGCGUGCCGAAUACCACCGGCGACAGUGAAGGCUUGCUUACACCACGCCGGCAACAAUCCAUGAAGCCCCACCCGAACACUCGGAGAGGUACGCGACAAUCCUAUACUCCCGACCUUGACACCAUUCUAUCAUCCGAGUCGGAGAAGUCUUCCGAGGAAAAUGACGACGAUGAGGAGGCCCCCGCUCUCAGCAUUGGAGCCCCCGCUCUAUCUACCGGAGUUCCGGAGCAGGGGGAGGACGAAGAUAUCGGAGAUUCGUGGAGCAGUAGGCACUACCAUCUCCGUGACAGGAGGGAGUCUUGUGACGAGGAAUUCUCCGGUUAUCUGCUAGCUGUAGCCGCUAGGGAGGCUCAGAGGCAGCGCGAGCUGGAGGCGGCUAUGGCGGCCUUCCCAAACGGUGUACGACCUGAGGGCGUGGAACACUUUCUUGUCAGAGAUAACUCGGAAGAUGACGAUCCUCUAGACGAACGAUUAAGGCACGGCACUUCGCAGCUUCUGCGCCGUAAGGAGUCGGACCCAGGUUGGGCUGUUAAGGAAAUGCGAGCGCAUGCAGAAAGGCUAGCUCAGGCUAGGCAAGAGAGGAUGGGCAUGGACGAAAGUCUAGAUCAUAUGGAUAUAACGCCUCCCCCUGCAGAUCCACUCUGGACGACAUCUGCCUUUAGAGCAUCGUUCGACGAAGAGAUGCGGGAUGCUCCGAGCCCAGUGAUAAGCACACCUUCGCCUGCUUUGUUAGCUAGAGUAGACUCGCACCCUCGCGCACCCUCGCCCCGCGUCGCACCGGAGACCGGCCUCCGUGCCAGCCCAUUUGGCAUCCCCUUCGGCUUCCGUAGCAAUGAACCGGAAGAUCCCCAAAUGAAAAAAAUGCGCAUGGCAGCCUCUCCGCCCAUGCUUGGCGGCGACUUAACGUUCCGUGUUUGUCCCAGCCCGAAGCAGACGCGAAUGGAACCAAGCCAACGAUACUGCGCUGGUGGCAAACCUGAAGGGCAUCGGCGGGAUGUUACAGGGACCACGGGGCUGUGGCGUGGGUAUUGUUCCGCUAAAGCUAACGUCAUCGUGGAAACAACGCACACGGGACCUAAUCUCCUAAUGACCCCACAGGAACCGGCUUCGCCAACGGAUCCAUUCUCGGCCGCAUUUACCGCAUCCAUGAGCAUAAGUGGUGUCAUGACGGGCACGCAGUCGCCCGGGGCCGUGUCUCCGACACACCGUCAUAGCCAGCAGAGGGGCUUGUAUAUGCUUACGGGGCUAGAUGAACGGCUGAAAAAAGAGAAGGCCCGUAAGGAGCUCGAGGAACGGAUAGCGGCCGAAUUCGACGAUGCCUUCGUCACGCAGGUCUACAAUUACAUAAGUCUUGGGUAUCCAGCUACAGCACGUGCCUUCGACUUAGAACUAAGCAAGAUCAGCGGCAUUGACCUAUUAGAGCUGCGUAAGGAUGAUAAUCUCAAGGUCGAAAAAGGCUUUAUGCUACAUAUGGAGAUGAGCAUUCAUAAGGGACAUGGCCAUUCGAUGAGCGAUUCCGAUAGCGGCGAAGAUUUGCGUUUCCGUACGCCGGAGGAAGAUGAGAGAAGGGCUCGCAGGAAACCAAAGCCACCGCGGUGGAUCGCCCUUAAGUUAUACAUACGGGAAUGGGCGCGCCAGCACCCAAGUCUUAACGAUGCCGGCUCUGGUGAGAUGGCCUGGGGUGUCAGGGCUAGGAGAGGAAGUUGGGCCAUUUAAAUAAAGAAGCUAUGUGGUGGAGGAUAUGAUUUUUAUUUAUUUUUGGGGGGGUUGUUGCAUAGCACCGGAGCGUUUGUUAAUUUUGUUGUAUGAGAUUUUUCAUGAACGCGAAAACGUGCCUGUCUAUAGUAGGGACGGCUUUGGAUCUGGAGCAUGUAGGGGAUAGCACUUGUUCAGAAGGUUAUUGGGCUAAUUAGUACGCCCGUGAUAUGGGCUGGCGUUAAGACUUCACUUCUGAGAGACGGGUAAGAGAAGAACUGUAGAAGAGAGAUUUGUCAGAGUUACUCAAGACCAAGUGAACAAGGAGAAAAGGUGUUAUAGAACUCUUACCUUCUAUAGUGAAAUUUCUAUACAAAAUGAAAAUUUACUACUAGUA